AUGGCAGAGAUACCAUUCAGAAUUGCCGUUUCAGACGACCAGGUCGACCAACUACGUCGAAAGCUAGAGGAUGCCGUCUUCCCUGAUGAGUUAGAUGAAGCUGGAUGGGACUAUGGGGCCCCAUUGGCCGACAUGCGACGCCUUGUUGCUCGAUGGAAAGACGGUUAUAAUUGGAGAAAAUACGAAGCACAACUCAAUGAAGAGUUACCCCAGUUUACCCGAGAUAUAGAGGUCGACGGCUUUGGAAAACUCAACAUCCAUUACGUCCAUAAGAAAAGCGAAGUAACAAAUGCCAUUCCGCUGCUAUUUGUUCAUGGGUGGCCCGGAAGCUUCUAUGAAGUACGCAAAAUCCUAUCGUUGCUUACCCAAAGCUCUCCAGAUCAUCCCAGUUUCCAUGUUGUCGCCUUCAGCCUUCCAGGAUUUGGAUUUUCUGAGGCUCCAAAAAAGAAAGGCUUUGAACUCGUCCAAUUUGCAGAGGUUGGGAAUAAAUUGAUGGUGGCUCUUGGGUACAAUGAAUAUGUUGCACAAGGAGGAGACUGGGGCUUUUUCAUAGUUCGUAGGUUGGCACAACUGUAUGGUCCUAAGCACUGUAAAGCAUGGCACACCAAUCUUCCUCUCGCACCGCCUCCAUCACUAACCCGCAAUCCUUUGACCUAUCUGUCUCACCUAUUCUCUGCUUAUACUGAAACUGAAAAGAAAGGGUUGGAAAGAUCACAGUGGUACUACGAGAAAUUGAGUGGAUAUUUCCAUGAGCAGUCUACGCAGCCGCAGACUUUGGGUUACAGUUUGGCUGAUUCUCCAGUUGGCCUGCUCGGUUGGAUAUACGAGAAGUUGGUUUUUUGCACCGACAAUUACCCCUGGGAGGACGAUGAAGUCUUGACAUGGAUUUCCAUAUACUGGUUUUCUCGCGCCGGACCUGCAGCAUCUAUUCGAAUAUACUAUGAGGUUUCAAAAGCAUAUCCAGGCUUCCUUUACAGUAACACGCCACAGCCAACAACCAUUCCGAUGGGUCACUCCUAUUUCCCUAAAGAGCUCGUCAUCCCUCCUCGCAAGUGGCUUAAAGCGCCCAAUCUGGUAUUUGAAUCUGACCACGAAAAGGGUGGCCACUUCGCGUCGCACGAGAGCCCGCAGGAGUUGACGAAUGAUUUGCGCAAAAUGUUUGGGCGAGGAGGUCCUGCAUUUGGAGUCGUACCAGGGAAAAACGGAUAUGCAUAA